AUGUCAACAGAACAGACUGGUAGGCGGCCGUCAGUCAGUGAUGACAAUGACUGGAGGGGAAUUACCGAUGCUGCAGAGAGGCGGCGGGCUCAGAACAGAAUUGCUCAGCGCAACUACCGACGAAACAUCAAACUCCGACAGCAGCAACUGGACGAAAUCAAUAAGGCGCUUGCAUCUUGCUCGCAAGACUCAAUACAACAACAAGCUCUCCAAAUGCAAUCGGCUAUUUCCAAUGCAUCUCCAAGUAACUCAUCAUCGGAAGGCUCACUCGAAAACAUGACUGCGGCUUCGCAAGGCUCGACUACCUUCAAUAAUUGUUGGCCCGAUAUGCUAGGGACCUCAUAUUUCCCGGACCUUUCGCUAAAUUCUGAGGACCUCGACGCUUUCUCUCUGAUAUGUUCAACACAAGAGAAUUUAGACAAUGAUUUGAACUCGGCUAAUCCUUUGCUCGCGCAACCAGCAAUAUCACCUAAUUCUACACCACUCAAUGCGCUUCAAAAGGCGAUUAGCAGAGGCCAAAUUAACGUCGCAAAACUUCUGGCCGAGAAUGGUGCUAACGUCUACGUCAUCGAUGACAAUGGAAACAGCAUAUUACAUCUGGCCGUCCAGUCAGGAAGUUCAGCAUUAGUUCUAUUCGCACUAAGGAACAACAUUAAUGUUAACGACAUUAAUAUGCUAGGGAUGACGGCUUUGCAUGUCGCCAUUGAACGUGGGGAUUUGGAUAUAAUCAAACUUUUACUCGGCGCCGGUGCGGACACGGAACUCAAAUCAUGA